CCCCGCAGGCACCCGCAAUCUCGACCACGCACGUACUUUCCUGCGGCCUCUCGGACACCCCCCGUGACAUCAUGAUGACGACGUUUCCCCGACUUCUCCUCGCCGCGACCUUCCUGGCGUCGGCGGACGCCUUUGGGUAUAUCAUCCCGCCGGAGACGACCACUACGGCGGCGCCCCCCGUGGAGACGACCACUACGGCGGCGCCCGCCGGAGCGCAGGCGAAGGUGACGACGUCGCUCUUCAUGACGGGGCUCUCGGCCUCGGACGUGAACGAGGACGCGGACGUGCGGGCGGCGCUCAAGGCGACGAUCAUCUCGUUGGGCGGCUACGACGAUGUGUCGAACAUCGUGGCCGAGAGCACGUCGACCCGGCGGCGGCUCCAGGACGAGGACGGCGCCAAAGUCUCGUUCAACGCCACCAUCUUCGCGGACGACGUCUCGGCCGCGGAGGACGCGGCGGCCGAGGCGACGAACGCGCUCCAAGAGGCCGUGGAGAGCGGCGAGUUCCUCCCAGAGCUUAAGGCGCAGGCCGCCGAGCGGUCUCCCGAGGCAGCGGACGCGCUCGAAGGCGCCGGCGUGGACAAGGAGAAGACGCUCGACGCGCUCGCCGAAGCGACCGUUACGGUGGAGGUCGUGACGGCCAAGCCCACGCCCGAGCCCUCGGCCGAGCCCACGCCCAACCCCUCGGCCGAGCCCACGGCCAAGCCCACGGACCUGCCCACGGGCCUGCCCACGGCCAAUUCCACGGCCAAUUCCACGGACCUGCCCACGGCCAAGCCCACGGACCUGCCCACGGGCCUGCCCACGGCCAAUUCCACGGGGAACAGUACCAACAGUACCUCGGCUCCCACGACCAGCCCGACGGCCGCC